GCUAUCAAAUGGUUGUUAGGGUGUCCCAGGUGGUUGCUAAGGUGUUGCUAGAUGGUUGCUAUGUUGUUGCUGGGUGGUUAAGUAGUUGCCAUGGAGCCCCAGUUGCUUGAUAAGCAGUAGUGUGUAACCAGUUCGAGUGGGCGUAGCUGUGUGUGAAGGUUUCGAACAUUCCGCCGUUCAUUGCCUACGCUGUAACAGGAGUACAAGAUGAAUACGUAUUUCCAGAUCAGACCGAACAUUGCUUUGCGCAAUGAUUAAAAGGCCUAAUACUAACGCUUCCCUGCACCAUUGAUGGAAAUACAGUAAACACUAUGGAGUUAUAUGAAGUAAGCAAAGAUGUGAAUAGCAUUUAUGAUGCCUGGCCGUUUUUAGGAAACCAGCCAGAUCUCUUAAGGUUACUCUCCUCAAGGCCUAUGCGUUCGUAUAUGGUGGUCGUCUUUUUGACGACAUUGUGGAUAUUCAUAGGAGUGGGAUGUCUACCAGUAAUGAACAUAAAGAACAGCAACUGUCUGGAAGAUGCUAGUAUGAGGGCAAAUGCGAACUUGCCACUGCCAGGUUGUGAUGGACAAGUGAGAGAUAAGGUUUUGACUGCUGAACAGAGGCAUGAGGGUCUACUGAGAGAGCUACAGGACUUGGCAGAACCUGAGAGGCAAAGGGAGAGGCAUUAUGCUCGAGAAACAAGAGAUUUUGACAAGAGUGACACAGAUGAUGAGAAUAACUUGCAGUCUAAGGUAGAUGAAACAGAGGGGAGAACAACGAAAGAGGAAGAUGAUGGCUGGGCAUGGGGUCAGGAGGGGAUGCAAAACAGGGAUGAAGCUAGGAUGAAGGAAGAGAAAAGAGGAGCCAAGCAGACUAAGAGAGAGCUAGAGGAACUUCUGGCUAAGGAGAUCCAGAAGAAAGAAAACUCAAAAAGGCAUAGUGGAGAACUUGAGGAGGAGAACCUCAGGGAGGAGCCUAAGGAGAAACAAUAUGAGGCAGCCAAGAAGAUGGAGCAUUGGAAAUCAGUGAGAAGGGCUCAGGAGGUGGUGAAAGAGGAGGAGGGAGAGAAAGGUGAAAUGGAGGAGGAGAAAAAAAGGGCGGAUGAAAAACAUGAGGAGGCAAAAAAGAGUGAGAAGGACAAAAGGGAGGGGACAAAGAUGGAGAGGAGGAAUGAGGUGAGAGAGAAUGUGGCAGAGUUGCUGGCUGAAAAGGAGAGAGUGGAACAAGAGCUGGAAGCCCUUAUGUGGCAAGAGCAGGAAGGUGGAAUGAAGGUGGUGGACAAGGAGAAACAGAGGGAGGAGAAAGAAGAAGAACUACAGGAGCUGCUCAGGAAGAUGAAGAUAGUGCAGGAAGAGAGGAGAAUAGUGAUCGAAGACACAGUGGGGAGAGAUCAAGAGGUAAUGACAGAGCAGGAGACAGAAGGAGACAAAGAUGGAAAGAGUAAGAAAGAUGGAGGGGGACGGGUGGUGGAGGGAGACAACAGAGAGUUGAAGAAGCAGAAGAGGGAGAUGGAGAAAGCCAGUGAUGAGAGGACGCGGCAGUUUGAGAGCGAGAGACACACAGACACGGAGCAAGAGGAAGGAAAGGUGGAGGAGGAAGAACAACUUCGAGUUGAGGAUCUGACUGAGAUUGAAGCAAAGCUGAGAAGAGUGGUUGCAGAGCUGAAGGAACUCCGUAGGGGUUAAACACAGACACACACAUACACGCAAGAUACAAGCCAUAACACAGCUGUUCUGUGUAAUAAUCACACUCCUUUCUCUAAUGACUCAGAACAUCCAGAGUUGUUGCUUAGUGUUCUUAUCGUGUGUGUGUGUGUGUCUGUGUGUGUGUGUGUGUGCAUGUGCAGGUGUGUAAACUCCGUUAAACUCCAAAACUAAAUUUUAAUGGUUUCCAUAUAGAAUCAAACAAUUUCAGUCACCGUAAAUAAAAUAAAUAUCAAUAAUUCUGUGUGUAUAAUUCAGCACCUUUUUCAAAUACAUUACCGAUAAUGAUUAUGGUGUAGAUCAAACAGGUUAAUAGCCUACUAAUAAUAAAUAAGGGUUUGUAAUUGUUUAUAAAAUAUUCAAUUAUAGUUUAAUUUAGUUGUCAAUUAUUUAUAGAAGUGAGUUGUGUAAAUAAAGUCAAUAUGUAGAAUUUGAUAACAAUGUAAUAAUGUCUGUAGUGAGGAGUGAACUUAAUGUAAACUAUCUGAUAUGAGUGUUGUAGCUAGAAUUUCUAUAUGCUGUUGUAUAAUGAAUGAGUAUCUGGCUUUAACACUGUUAGAAUGCAUUCAGACUGUUAAAUUUUUUUUUGAUGGCUUUCACAGGGAGCAUGGGUGACUUUGUACCUGAGAGUGUGUGAAAGUUUGUUUGAUCUUUGUCGUUUCUGCUAUCCUAUGUUCCCAACAAAACUAUUAUCACAGUCCUCUCAGAACCAAUGUUGCUCACGCUCAUAAAAUAAAAGUCCUGCAUGUUUUUAUGUGACCUAGGUAGUUUCACAAAUUAACUCUACCUGCUGGCUUACUUUAUAAAGUCAAGCAAGUGGAGUGAAAUCCUGGGGAGGACCUUUAUUUUAUGAACAUGAGCUAAACACCUCUGCUAAGAGCUAAUUCCGCCACGGAGGAAAAGGCUGUAUAGACAGCUCCUAAGCCAUUACACACACACACACACACACACACACACACACACACACACACACACACACACACACACACACAAUCAGAUCCUAUGAAAUAUUGUUUAUCUGUGUUUAGAUCAGUAAUUUAUCUGUUCAUGUCUUUGAUUUAUUUUGUGUAACCUAAAACUAAGCAAUGCCACUGUGCAGUAGGGUCAGUCUAAUCUGAAGAGCAGUUCCCUGUGUGGGAAAAAUGAAAACAAUGCACUUUUUUUUGUUACUGUUAUAGUGUUGGAUUUCUUGCGUGGAAGAAAUUCUGGUUUGCAAUAAGUGAUAUCAAAAAGAAAAAUAUAUUUAAUGCACAAACCAUGUACAUUAAUGUACAACACACUUUGAAAUGAAGGAGCAUUCAUUCCAAGACAAAAUGAUUCCUAAGACAAAAAAGUUUAAUCAAUGUAUCUCCAUAAAAAUACCAGGAUAAACCUAAAUUAAACAAUAGGAAGUAUAUCUAUGGUAAUAUAAUGAAUGUAUUUAAUAAGAUAAAAAUGCACAUGUAAAGACUUCACCUGAUAUGUAUUAUUAUUAUGUGUUAUUAUAUGUGUUGUUAUUAUAAUUUUUUAAAUCAAAACAAUCAACAUACUGUAAUGGAGGCAAUAUUUUAUAUUAACAACAACAUAGAUGGGCUCAUCCUCCUGUUGAUAACUGAUGAUAUCAUUAUUUUAAUAACCUACUUCUAAAAAUAUUCAGCAGAAUGUUAAAAAUGGACUUUUGUGAUUGAGAAGCCAUAGUGGUUCAGUGUUGUGGUCAUGUCCUGUGUCUUGGUCUCUGUGUUUCUGAGCUCUGAGGGCACUUGGAAGCUCUUACUGAAACUCUAGGCUAAAGUCUAGAACAAAUGUAGAGGUUACAGACUAGACCCAGCUUCAUUUUCUCUGUGUUUGACGAGAUCUGAUUGAUUUGAGACCAGUUUACAAAUUCUUAUUUAAUGGUUAAUGCUAGUAUUCACACUGGAUUAGACUUACUGAGUCCCUGUUCUGAAGUGACACCUACAUCUGGUAUUGAGUAGAGCUAAUCUGAUGAUAAGUAUUGUAAAUGAUGAAUGACCUGUAUUUGAAACCUGCUCUCCUUUCUGAAAAGGGGGCAAUAGUAGUGGGCUAUGAGGAAUCCAUGUUAAUCAGUCAGUCAAUCAAUCAAUCAAUCAUACAGUCAGUCUUUUUUGUGCAGGAGAGGCUGGAAUUUUGAUUUUCAAUUUUAGCUGGAGUUGCAAAUGGGUGUGCAAUUGCUGAGUGAUCAAUAAAAACACAUUUAAGAUGUGAACAUG